AUCAAACUGCUACCGGAGCAAAUCCGCCCGUUCUCUUUUUCUCCUUCUUUUCGAAAACCCAGAUCUGAAAAAGGGCCUCUGUUCAUCAAAUUUCAAACCCAAACCCUAAAUUCUUCUCAUUCACACGUUGUUCCGAUUCGAAUCAACCUUCAAAAUUGAUCCGAAUCGAGAAAUCUUCACACAACAAUGGGGGAUUUCAAUCUCGCCUUGGUUAUUGUAGCCAUAGUCGUAUGUAUUCUCGUUUUCAUAUUCAAUGUCUAUCUUCUCAUCAAUUAUCAGCAUCCUGAUGAUGCUAAUCAAGCCUAUUUCCCCAAAUUUGUUGUCGUUUUUGGCCUCUCAAUCGCUGCCAUUUCUAUUCUCAUGUUACCGGCCGAUGUUGCAAAUCGGCAGGCUUGUCAACACGCGAUUUAUAAUGGAGCGUGUAAUCUCACGCUCCCGAUGAAGCAACUAUGGCUUGCUAUCUACAUUGUUGAUGCUAUUCUCGUUUUCUUCGUCAUUCCUUUUGCUAUGUUCUACUACGAAGGCGACCAGGAUAAGACAAUUGCCAAAAGGCUUAAAAGUGCAAUGUGUUGGGUGUUGGUCACAGCAAUUGUGUGUGCUUUGUUGCUUGGAAUUUUAUAUGGGCUCGCUGGAAAGGCAGACUUCACUGUAAGACACCUGUCAUCAGCCACCACUUCCUUUCCGAAUUCAUUUGAUUUUAACAAUGGUCAACAAUGUGUUGGAAAUGGUGCCCGUCAGUGUUCUGCAUAUUCUGCUAAUGCUUCCUCUGAGACAACCUGGACUAUGCGUGCUACUUUUCCUGAAUAUGUCGUUGCUCUGGCUACCAUUGUUGGAUCUGUACUUUUCACGAUUUUUGGUGGUGUUGGCAUUGCUUGUCUCCCGCUGGGACUUAUAUUUUCGUUCAUCAGGCGUCCAAAGGCUGUUAUUACACGGUCACAGUAUAUCAAGGAAGCUACCGAGCUAGGUAAAAAAGCAAAAGAAUUGAAGAAAGCAACUGAUGCGCUUCAUCAAGAAGAAAGGAGCGGAAGUAAGGGAAGAAAAUGGCGGAAGAAUGUGAAGGCAGUCGAAAAGGAGGUUCUUCUUCUUGAAGACGAUGUCAAGGCUCUCGAGGAAAUGUAUCCUCAAGGUGAAAAGGCUGAGACUGCUUGGGCAAUGACGGUUCUAGGUUACUUGGCAAAACUCAUUCUAGGCGUUUUAGGGCUGAUUGUCUCUGUAGCUUGGGUUGCCCAUAUCGUGAUAUAUCUUCUUAUUGAUCCUCCACUUUCUUCCUUCCUUAAUGAGGUUUUCAUCAAACUAGAUGAUAUUUGGGGUCUUUUGGGCACUGCAGCUUUUGCAUUUUUUUGCUUCUACCUUCUGCUUGCGGUGAUUGCUGGAGCAAUGAUGAUUGGCUUGAGAUUAGUUUUUGUUACGAUUCACCCAAUGAAGUGGGGAGCUACGCUCAUGAACUCCUUUCUUUUCAAUGUGGGCCUUAUUCUUCUUUGCUCCAUCAGUGUGAUUCAGUUCUGCGCCACGGCCUUUGCAUACUAUGCUCAAGCCACUGCAGCUCAAGAAAUAUUUGGUCACAAUCUGCAAUCUCUUCGUGGAAUUAAGUAUCUAUACAAGUACAACGUGUUUCAAAUUGGAUUCAUUGUUUUAGCUGGUCUGACAUUUGUUUACUAUGCUGCCUUUGGGUGGAGAAGGAAAAAGCCUAGUGGGAGGUUCCAGCUCUCCAGUUAAAGGUUUUGAUUGGAUAGCAGUGCACGUAUCUGACCGUAUUUGAGACUUACUCUGGUCUAUCACUAAUGUUGAGGCUUUGAACUGUGGUGUAUGUUGCCUAGUUUUGUUUCAUAUUAUUCUUGGAGGAGGCAAACACCACUAAAUUUGAUUUCUACAGUGGAAGUUGGAUGUUGGCGACUCUGUACUGCUGCUGCUGCUGCCACUGUUCUUGCUGCUGUUAAUUUAGUUUUUUCCCUUAAUACCACCUUCUGUAUGUAUCAUUUGUUUGGUAAUGUUAUCAUUUGUUUGGGCAUGUCGUCCUCUAAAUGCUUGGUUUGAGAUUUGUCCUUGAUGUAUCAUAUAGUCAUUAUAUACAAAAAUUUCUUGGAUGCUUGUA